AAAGUGUAUUUCCUAGGUCGUCAGUAGACCCUGCCCUCCGUAUAUCACUGUAUUGACGUGUUGUUAGCAAAUGGGAGCAGAAGGGCCGAUCCUUCGCCUGGAGAGGUUAUUCUGACUACAGGGUUGAUCCUUCGCCUGGAGAGGUCAAUCUGACUACAGGGUUGAUCCUUCGCCUGGAGAGGUCAUUCUGACUACAGGGUUGAUCCUUUGCCUGGAGAGGUCAUUCUGAUUACAGUUGCCACUUCUUGCCAAAAUCUUCAGGGUUUAAAGACUCGAUCACUGCGACUACAUUUAUACACAUUAUUCUGUUUGCUCCAAUCGAGACACGGAUCCCGAUGUUCAAUCAGGAUUCAGGAAUACUUCCACAUCUAACAUUGAAAGGAGAUACUUCGUGAACUGUUUGAUAUUUCGGUCUGAUCUGACUACCGAAGCAUGGUUGAUGACACCAGUUUAGCAACUAAAUCUGCUUUGCAAGCAGUUUUCUCCUCGACCUGCAACCUCCCCCUGCUCGUCUCCUCUGCCUCGACACACAGCCACUUUCCCGGUUCACACUCACAGUCCGACCAGCCCAACGGCGGAGGCAUGAAGCUAGAGGCGGUCAUGGAAAACCUCCAAAGACAGCAGGCUGCCCGCCUGGCGCUAGAAGAGAAGCUCCGUCAGGCGGAGAAAGAGAAAGACCUCCGCUCCAUGGUCGAGUCCCAGAUCCAUCAACAAGCCCUCGCCUUCCGCCACUACCAGGCAGCGGUCCGUGGCGCUUUCGCUGCGGGAAUAGCGAACUCUUCUCUCGGGUUGGCGAGCUCCGCUGAACGGGAACUGGCUCUCCCUCACAGUCUUGACGCUCGCAGGCACUCGGCCAAAGCCGACCCCGAUAUGGACGAUGAUCCAGAGGGCAUGGACCGAGGUAUAAAUGAUGACAACAGGGAUAUGGAUGGAGAUGGCAUGGACAACGAGGGAAUCGUGGACGAUGAGGAGGACAUGGAGGGGGCUCUCAGCCACUACCAGCCCCGCCAACCCAUGCACCCCGGGGCGGGAGACUCGCCAAAGGACACACUUGUACAUCUCAUGUCCAGAGCCCCUCCGUCUUUCGCUGCGCCCCGGCAGUCAGAGACCCCGGGCGGGAUGGCACUACAGUCUCAGCAACACGAAUGGACUUACGACGAGCAAUUCAAACAGUCAGGACAAAGCAGUUCGCCAGAGAGGAAGCUGGGAAAUUCAAGUGUCGGUAUCGGUGGCGGCUCCUCGUCGCUGAUUCAGGAGUUGUACGAGUUGGACGAUGAGGUCAAGAGGAAAGAGUUUCUUGAUGACCUCUUCAGUUUUAUGCAGAAGAGAGGGACUCCAGUGAAUCGUAUUCCUAUCAUGGCCAAGCAGGUGUUGGAUCUGUACACGCUCUACAAGCUGGUCACAGAAAAAGGCGGCUUAGUGGAGGUCAUCAAUAAGAAAAUAUGGCGUGAGAUCACCAAAGGCCUCAACCUCCCUACCUCCAUCACCAGCGCAGCGUUCACCCUGCGAACACAGUAUAUGAAGUACCUCUACCCUUACGAAUGUGAAAAGAGGGGUCUGAGCUCCCCCGGAGAGCUCCAGGUAGCUAUCGACAGCAACCGCCGUGAGGGACGUCGUCAGAGCUACGGGUCGGCCAUCUUUAACUACUCUCCAGUAGGGACUCCCUCCAUCCUCUCCUCCCCCAAGAUGAGCAUGUCUCACCUGGCCAUGUCCACCUACAACGGAGUACACCUGACCCAGGGACACAACAUCAAGAAAGAGGACGGCCUGAUGUCGGGAGGUCUGCCGGGCCGUGUUGGGGAGAUGUCUCUGGGAGGGCACCACGGGGCGGCUGCAGCGUUGGAGCAGCUGAGGGAGCCGCCGGAGAGCGGGGAGCCGCCGGAAAAGAAGAGGAUGUCGAUGGAUCAACAGAGGCUCAUGCAGCAUGCGCUGCAGCAGAACCUCCUCGCCAUGGCAACGCAGCUGCCCAUCAAGUUAAACAACGGAGUUGAGAGGAUGAGAGAUGACAGACAAGAGACUCCAUUGAACCUGUCUACCAGCGGCAUUAGCAGCAUCAACGUGUCAAUAGAAAUAGAUGGAGUUGUCUACACAGGUGUUCUGUUUGCCAAGAAGCCCUCCCUCCCCAUGAUGCUGGGUGGUCACCAGAUCCAGAACCACACCUCCUCUCAGGGAAAGACCAGUCUGGGGCUGAACUCCUCCUGCGUACAGAUCCAUCCGUCCUGCUGCUGCUCCUCCUCCUCCUCCUCCACGUCCUCCACAUCCUCGGUCCACAGACCCGGAAACUCCUCCCCCUGAUCUGAGUCCCACCCACAGCCCCACCAACUCACUCUAAACCCCGCCCCUAUCCUCCCCCAAAGACAGCACACGGUCUGAGAUACCAGGAUGAAAGACUUCUGUUGUUUUUCCCCCCUCCUCCUCCCUUUUUCUCGAUUUCCCUUAUCCCAGUUAAAAUAAUAAUAAACUAAUAUUUACAGAGGAAAUACUUCCGUAGGAAAAGAACAAGAAAAGGCAAUGGUAUGCAGAGGACCUCUGAACCCAAUGGUAUGCAGAGGACCUCUGAUCCCAAUGGUAUGCAGAGGACCUCUGAACCCAAUGGUAUGUAGAGGACCUCUGAACCCAAUGGUAUGCAGAGGACCUCUGAUCCCAAUGGUAUGCAGAGGACCUCUGAUCCCAAUGGUAUGUAGAGGACCUCUGAACCCAAUGGUAUGCAGAGGACCUCUGAUCCCAAUGGUAUGCAGAGGACCUCUGAUCCCAAUGGUAUGCAGAGGACCUCUGAACCCAAUGGUAUGUAGAGGACCUCUGAACCCAAUGGUAUGCUGAGGACCUCUGAACCCAAUGGUAUGCUGAGGACCUCUGAACCCAAUGGUAUGCAGAGGACCUCUUAUCCCUAUGGUAUGUAGAGGACCUCUGAACCCAGUGGUAUGCAGAGGACCUCUGAACCCAAUGGUAUGCAGAGGACCUCUGAACCCAAUGGUAUGCAGAGGACCUCUGAACCCAAUGGUAUGUAGAGGACCUCUGAACCCAAUGGUAUGCUGAGGACCUCUGAACCCAAUGGUAUGCUGAGGACCUCUGAACCCAAUGGUAUGCAGAGGACCUCUUAUCCCUAUGGUAUGUAGAGGACCUCUGAACCCAGUGGUAUGCAGAGGACCUCUGAACCCAAUGGUAUGCAGAGGACCUCUGAACCCUGUGUGUGUGUGUGUGUAUGUAGAGGACCUCUGAACCCAAUGGUAUGCAGAGGACCUCUGAACCCAAUGGUAUGCAGAGGACCUCUGAUCCCAAUGGUAUGUAGAGGACCUCUGCACCCAAUGAUAUGUAGAGGACCUCUGAACCCAAUGGUAUGUAGAGGACCUUUGAACCCAAUGGUAUACAGAGGACCUAUUUACCCUGUGUGUAUGUAGAGGACCUCUGAACCCAAUGGUAUGCUGAGGACCUCUGAACCCAAUGGUAUGCAGAGGACCGCUGAACCCUGUGUGUACACAGUUGAAGUCAGCUGUCUUCUGUCCUGUGUGUACACAGUUGGAGUCAGCUGUCUUUCUGUCCUGUGUAUACACAGUUGAAGUCAGCUGUCUUUGUGUCCUGUGUGUACACAGUUGGAGUCAGCUGUCUUUCUGUCCUGUGUGUACACAGUUGAAGUCAGCUGUCUUCUGUCUGUGUGUACACAGUUGGAGUCAGCUGUCUUUCUGUCCUGUGUGUACACAGUUGGAGUCAGCUGUCUUUCUGUCCUGUGUGUACACAGUUGGAGUCAGCUGUCUUCUGUCCUGUGUGUACACAGUUGGAGUCAGCUGUCUUUCUGUCCUGUGUGUACACAGUUGGAGUCAGCUGUCUUUCUGUCCUGUGUGUACACAGUUGAAGUCAGCUGUCUUUCUGUCCUGUGUGUACACAGUUGAAGUCAGCUGUCUUCUGUCCUGUGUGUACACAGUUGAAGUCAGCUGUCUUUCUGUCCUGUGUGUACACAGUUGGAGUCAGCUGUCUUUCUGUCCUGUGUGUACACAGUUGAAGUCAGCUGUCUUUCUGUCCUGUGUGUACACAGUUGAAGUCAGCUGUCUUCUGUCCUGUGUGUACACAGUUGAAGUCAGCUGUCUUUCUGUCCUGUGUGUACACAGUUGGAGUCAGCUGUCUUUCUGUCCUGUGUGUACACAGUUGAAGUCAGCUGUCUUUCUGUCCUGUGUGUACACAGUUGGAGUCAGCUGUCUUUCUGUCCUGUGUGUACACAGUUGGAGUCAGCUGUCUUUCUGUCCUGUGUGUACACAGUUGGAGUAGGCUGUCUUUCUGUCCUGUGUGUACACAGUUGAAGUCAGCUGUCUUUCUGUCCUGUGUGUACACAGUUGAAGUCAGCUGUCUUUCUGUCCUGUGUGUACACAGUUGAAGUCAGCUGUCUUUCUGUCCUGUGUGUACACAGUUGAAGUCAGCUGUCUUUCUGUCCUGUGUGUACACAGUUGGAGUCAGCUGUCUUUCUGUCCUGUGUGUACACAGUUGAAGUCAGCUGUCUUUCUGUCCUGUGUGUACACAGUUGAAGUCAGCUGUCUUUCUGUCCUGUGUGUACACAGUUGGAGUCAGCUGUCUUCUGUCCUGUGUGUACACAGUUGAAGUCAGCUGUCUUUCUGUCCUGUGUGUACACAGUUGGAGUCAGCUGUCUUCUGUCCUGUGUGUACACAGUUGAAGUCAGCUGUCUUUGUGUUUUAGUUGAGACCAGCUGCUCAGUUUGGAGCAGUGUUAACAUAUAGGUACAAAUAUAUGGUGACACAUCAUUGGUCCCAAGGAACUGUAGGACAAAGACACUGGGAGACAUGUUGGCUUUCUGUCUGUUUCAUCCAUCUGAAGAGGAGAUGCUUGACCCUCGUAGCUCAAGAGAGAAGCGCUUGUCAACGUGUAGUAAGGUUUGUUUGAUGACCUCUACUAGGCAUUGUAGCUCAUAUUAUUGCUGCUUUUUCCCUGAUAACCAAAGAAAAACAAGAGUAACCAAUGAAAAGAAAGUAGAAGCGUAAUAAACUAUAGUAUGCACGGCACAGAUUCAGUAGUGGCCUGGACAGCAGUCGAAGCUUUGGCUUGGUACCAAUGAUCACGCUGUGAGGACAUACUAUCAACAAAGCACAUCUCUCAGAAUCAGGGCCAUAUUUCCUCCUGUUCGUUCAGAGAGGAAAAUAUCAGGGGGCCGUGUUGUCUAUUGAAGAUCUGAUCGAUCAAUUCCUCUCAUCUCUCAAAACACAUUGCCUAAUGCUGCAGGACAAAAAAGGAAGAGUGUCAAGACAUGGGGUUA